UAUUACAAUAGAAGUCAUCAUUAAUAUCUACAGGAACAUACAGUUCAACCAGUGGUCGCAGGCGUCACACUGUACAGCCGAAUCACCAGUGUAUGGGAUGAUGAUAUAGUGAACAGUUUGCGAGACAUUCAGUUUCACAAAAUUGGUCAUUUUGGCGGACGUUUUGAUACUUACCAAAGGUGAUUAAAAGAACACGCGAGAUCAUGUCGUACGAGGACAUCAUAAAGUAUGAUAAAAUCAAGAACUGGCUCAAGGGUUCUUUCGCUCUCAGAAUUACCAAGGAAGGACUUCGGGACCUUGUGGACGGAGACAGCAUGAGUAUACAACAGAACAUAUACUUCUCUGUUCUCCAGGCGAGGAACCUUAGUCCGGGGACAACAUGUUGCCAUUGUUUGACCGAAACUCUCUUUCCGUGUUUUACAAAAGGACUGUGUUCACAUCCCCGAAACUGCAAGAUCCAUGGCACUCCAGUCAAGAGUCACAGGCCAUGUCCAUUGCUUAUAUGUGACGACGUCCGAGAUAAAAUAUACCGACUCCACAGAUUUAAGGGACCGUCGUGGAAAAACAGCCAUGCCGACCAAUGGUGCGUGAAUCACUGGGAAAUUGCGAAGUGUUUUAUGCCACCGGACGGCUACAAGAAUGUGUGUUCUUUUGCUGAGACAGACUAUAACGGGGUCAUCAGUAUACUGAUUAACUGUACAGCAUUCCAGCAAAAGCUGUCGUUUAAAGUGGGCACCGAGCCGAAUAUUCUAACACAGGCUCGAAAUAUUGGCCAGAUAAUUCGUCAUUCGCCGGACCAGAAGGUGACAGACGCUGACUUAAAAGGCAUGAUUACCACCCUGACUACACUGCUGUCUGACCCCAAAUAUCUGAGCGGCGAUCGAAAAGCAAAGGAAGCGGUUUUGAAAUUGAACCAGCUUCAGACUGACACGCUGAUCAUAUCAAAUGAAGAUGUCUAUCAAAUUCUUGAUGAAGCCAGGAUUGUCGUAGAAACUGGAAAACAUCAAAUAAAACAUGCCACAGGCUCAGGAACACGUAAGCUUGAAAGUUCAGUGAGAGAAGGGGUACGUGAAAUAUACAGCCGAACAACAGAAGGUAUUGAAGUCAUAGAGAAGGCGGUAGUUGAGGCCAUUGAGAACAUCAGAACAUCGACUACCGAAAGGGAAAAAGUUAUCAAGAGAUCGCUGUCAUCUGCGCUGUCAUUACUUUGUCUUGCGUCGUCAUUGUCUGGGUCAUCUACCGUUUCCGGUCGACUUAAAUGUGACCUUCAAAUACGAUUGGCAAAGAAUUACCAGAAAACUCUGAGCAGUGCGCCAAUAUCACCCCUGGUCUCGGACAAGGACGAGAUGCUGGAUAAGUUCUACGUCGCUCCGAGGAUCAUGGAGAAGGACCGUAGAAAGAUUGAAUCCUCGGAAGAACAGAAAGGAACACUUAUUUCUUCUUACAGGAAUAUCUUCUGCAAAGGCGAUGCACUUUUAAGCAACAUUUACAUUAUUGGUGAGGCCGGGAUGGGGAAAUCAACAUUUACUACGAAAUGUGCCCUCGUCUGGGGAAAACAAAUUCUUGACACUGAUACCCUUGACAGCAGUUCCAAACAUGAAUUUCAGGAUGUUGAAGUUCUAGCUAAAUUUGACUUUCUUUUUCAUGUUACUCUUCGUAAUUCUAAUGAAUCGUGCAACCUUACUGACAUGAUAACAGAUCAGAUAAUCAGCAGGAUUUAUCUUGGGGAUGAAGAAGCUGCAGGAAGAGAUACUCUGCUGAGUGUUCUUUCAAACCGGAAAUGCCUUAUAUUAGCUGACGGUCUAGAUGAAUGGUCACAUCCUCAUGACACGAAGUGUUUCUGCAGAGAAGAGGAGAAGGUUGUUCCAUUCCUGUCUUCAACAAUUGAUGCAACUGUGUUGAUAACGUCCAGGCCAUGGAGGAUGGCCCAACAUCGUGUAAAAGAUUCAAGAAUUGACAAGUACCUCGAAAUUGAAGGUGCGGCUGAUACCAAACAUUUAGUUCAGAAUGUACUGGGUUGUCUAUGUGGGAAGACUGAGAGCGAAGAGAAAAGCAGGGAAUUCUUGUCAUUUAUUGAUAAGAGAAAACUUCCAAACCUACUGUCCGUUCCAAUUGUCUUAAUGAUGCUCGUAUGUUUGUGGUUUGAGGGAGUCGGAGAAUCGUUCUCUCUCUGCGAGAUAUAUGCGCUCAUGAUAGACAUGAUGUUUGGAAGAAAAGCACUCACGAAGUAUAAGCCUCAACACGAGCAGACAAAGUUGCCGUCAUGCUUUCAGAAUUCAAAACACAUUUUUAGAAACAUACCUGCAUUGUUAUCAUCAGCGAAACUUGCAUUUGAACAACUGUUUUCGAUGGAUAAGAAAUCUGCCUUAGUAUUCAAACAAGUCGGGUCGCUUUCACAAGAAGACUUGGAAAUUAUGCAAAAGACAGGAAUUAUCCGGGAAACAAAAUCGCAAUCGUUCAUCAUGCAAUCGUCAAGUUACUCUUUUAUUCACAAAACAGUUCAAGAAUUUCUUGCAGCCUUGCACCUGUCAUAUAACCCUCAUGAAUUUCACCGGGUAGUAGAACCAUUUUAUAACCAGGCAGUUGAAAUAUCGGAUGUUUCGGAAGUGUUUAUUUAUAUUUGCGGAAUGAACAGUCACAUAGCAAAUCAGAUGUCUACAAUGAUGUGUAACACUGUACCUCUUUGUCAGACAGGCGUUAUUUCAUCGUCAAAUUACAUAUAUACAAUUGAUCGGCCAAAGUAUUCAGUAGUUGAUAUCCUUCAACGUCUAAUUGCUAGAGGCCACAUUGAAGCAUGUGCGAACAAUGUGGCAAAUAUUCAGCUCAGCCUUCAUUUCUUUAUAUUUGAUCAAAGAACUCGAAAUGUGUCUACACUGAAGACUUUGCUGUCAAUGAAUGCAUGUCAAGUACGCUAUAUGUGUAUUAAGAGACACGAGAAGGUGAUCAGCGAGAAUGAGAUCGAGAAAGUGCUUAGCCUAUCAAAAGACACUCUCUCCGCCCUUGACAUGGAAAACCGAGGUGGCUUGAUUGACAUGUCAACAUGUCGGCAACUUAAACACCUGCGUUUAUCUGGUAAAGGAAUAAGAAAUAUCAGUAUGAACGCUGAAUGUUUAGUGUCAUGUAAACUAUUCAGGCUUUCAAUAGAAGUUGAAAAAGCCGUCCUUCAUUCUCUCAACUCCAACGAAUUUAAAUUGGGUAUUGCAAAUAGAUGCAGUCCUUUGAAACACAUCGAAAUGAAUUCCAUCAAGAAUGUCGACUUAUUUUGUGAAACACUUCCACUACUGUCACAGCUAAAGUACUUGCAUAUCAAUGAAACAAAUCUCUGUGAUCAUAUUCUCCACCUCCCUGGAACCGUCACUUGUGUUGAACUGCUCAAAGUGACGAUGACAUCUAACGCGUUUCAAGGACUGGUUAAGAAACUAGAGGAGAGCACACAUACUGUCACUUGCUUUUUAUAUAGCUGUACUGUCAAACCUAAUAGUGAGUUUGAAAACACGAAACAGUAUGUGCGAUCAUGUUUGAAAUACACUGUUUUAGUGGACGACAUUGACAUAUUUUCUUUUAAAAGAAGCAUUUAAAGAAAUCAUUCACUGAUUAUGGCUGUUUGUAGAGUUGUGUGCUGUUCUAUGUUUCUUGUUUGUGAAUUUGUGUUCUAUGUCUAUGGCGUUUGCCCAUUGCCACUAAACCGGGUUUAUGUUUAAACUUUUUGCUACUGAGCAUGUUUCUGUAGCUUUUUGCAUAUAUACUAAGUUCAUUUUUUCUAAACUUUGUUGGUAUUGAUGUUUUCAAUUUCUUUGGGGGCAAACACCAAAAAAGCAACUAACAGAUACUCAUCUUAUUGAACAGAUUUUUCUUUUAAAAUGAAAGACAAACACCAAUUACUUUCCAAUGCAUUAUUAAUGUUUUACGGCCAAAGGAGUGUAUUUCAUUUUGCAUUUAUCAUAUAUGACUCUAUAAAACCUAAAUGAUUCCCUUUAAAUAACAACUAUUUUAUUGAACAUCUAUCAUGCAGAGGGUUUUCAUUCACAGUCAUAUUCAUGUAAGCAUAGAACUCACAAAACGCAGUGUGUAUUUCUUCUGUUUAAUGAAAUUAUGGCUUAACAAAAUGUAUAUUCCAUCUCCCUUAUUUUCUUUUUUUAAAAGAUGUUUAACGUUACAUGUCUUAGCAACAGCUGUGACAAAGCACAAACUUCACAAUGCACAUACAAGCACCCCAUAUGUACUAUAAUAACAACGGUUGAAUGAAGUGUAUUGUUUUGAAAAGUCGCGUUUU